AUGGACCACUCACACCAUCACUCUGGGAUGAGCACCAUGGGCCACACGAGCACCCCGGCCCCUCCUCAGCAGCCCCCGGCCACCUCGGGGCCCCACUCCCACGGCGACGGCGCACACUCGAUGCCCACGACCUUCUACUUCGGCUACAAGAACGUGGAGCUGCUGUUUGCGGGGCUGCUGAUCGACUCGGCUCUGGCCAUGGCCCUGGCUUUCCUGGCUGUGUUUCUGCUGGCCCUGGGCUACGAGGGACUCAAGAGAGCUCGAGAGAGGCUCCGCGCCCGGUGCUCGGCUUUCCCAAGAACAGACGGGACCUGCCCCGAGGAGACGCCCCGGCAGCAGCUGCUGAGCGCCGCUCACCUCCUGCAGACGGCGCUGUACGUGCUCCAGCUGGCCCUGAGCUACCUGCUGAUGCUGACCGCCAUGACCUACAAUGCCUACCUCGGCCUGGCCUUGCUGGCGGGGGCCGGCGCCGGCUACUGGCUCUUAGGCGGGAAGAAGGCGGAGAACGUGGAGUCCUGGAACCAUGACGUGAACAAGGUCGAGCUCCAUGAGAUUGGCAGCGGAAACUCCCAGCCUACAGGGAUGAGCCCUCCCGUCCUUGUCCCUCCUGAGGCCUCCGGAUGGCCGCCUUCUGCUGAGUUUGACUGUCCCUGA